AUGCAAAGGAACGAAAUAUUAUCAUCUUAUAAGGCGCUGGUGAAAACAUUGGUGCGCGCGCAAAGGCGUUACAAGAAAGCUCAAGCGGAGGACGAGAUUAAACGGCAAGUUGCGCUUCUGACUUACAAGAAAAUCAAUCUUGUGAGACAGCAAGCACUAGAAAAGGACGCACAGAAGCGGUUAGAGUUCUUACCCAUGCUAAAUGAAGUGACGAAAGACAUAGACGUGCUGAAAAGAUCGGACCCCGCACGUUUACGUCGUUUACAUUUCUACGACGAUGUACGGGCUUUGCGGCAAAGCCUUGCACAACCGAGCACGCCCGAAACGCUAGCGAAACGUAUCGAUCACAUUCGGGAUAUCGCGUCGUUUGUGCAGAAUCAACAUGAAUACGAAGAAUUAAUCGACCGUUAUAAUCCGGGACUGAAGAUGUCGCAGGCGGAAAAAGUCAAGCGAACCGCCGCCAAAGUCGGACUCGAAGUACCAGAAAGUAUCCCAGUCUAA